ACACACACACACACACACACACACACACAGAGAGAGAGAGAGAGAGAAAGAGAGAGAAGGUUUCCUUACCAGAAGCUGUGAAUCUGCCUUGUGAGCAGGGUCUCCUUUCUUGCACUCACUGACACGAAGGACAGAGAGAGAGAGGGAGAGAAAGAGAGAGAGAGAAGAAAGGAGGGAACCAGAGAAAGAGGCAAAAAAAAAAGACAGAGACAGAAAGAGUCGCCACCAACCAUUUUCAGCUCAGGACUAUUUCCCAGGGAGUGCGGAGGAGCCCUGAGACUGGAGCCGUUACUGCCAGAUGGGCAAGCGCUGACAAAACCCAGCAGGCAGAGCAAAAGAGCAGGAGAGAGAGAGCGAGAGAGAGAGAGAGAGAGACAGAGAGAGAGAGAGAGAACGAGAAGGAGACGACUAAGCUGAUCUGAGCUGAGAGAGCUCACAUUCCCCGACGGCUCAGGGCGGCUGGCUGGCUGACUGACUGACUGACUGACUAGCUGGCUGGCUGACUAGCUGGCUGGCUGGCAUCCCUCCCCUGCGUCUGCUCCUGAUUCCCCCAGAUCUGCUCCACUCUACCCUGAGAGCCCCACAGGCAUUGCUGCUGGACCCGGAGACAGCAGGACCCCGGGCACGUUUUGACAACAAACGCGGGAGAUUGUGUGCGUGUGUAUGUGUGACUGCAUGCAGUCUGUGUAAGUGUGUGUGUGUGUGUGUUUAUGUGGGUGUGUGUGUGAAAGGGCAACAGAGAAAGAGAGAGAGAGGGAGAAGGAGAGAGAGAAAGAGAGAGAGCGAGAGGAGGGGGACUUCCUUGAACUUUGAUCCUUUAAAGGGAGCCAAAGGGAGAGCGACGGCACAGGGAGAACUCUGUUUAUCAUUAUCCCGGGCAGGCGAGCAUUCCUUUCCCUGAGUAACCCACACAGAAACAGGCUGGAGCUGGAUAUCGCCACCGACGGCUCGUCUUCUGCUCGGCUUCGGGCCGUAAUCUAGAAACCCCCUCUGAGGCGGGGGACACACAUUUUUUUCACCGCAGGAUUCCAGCAUGUCCACCAUGUCCAGUACUACUUUCUGGCUCAAGAGGAGCGCUGGCCAAGGAGCGAGACCCUGAGGAUAAAACAACAGGCUGCUGAUAGGAACGGACACUCUUGUUGUUUUUGUUUCCUGAAUUGCCAGCCAACUGACAAAUCCAAACUGGUUGGACCUUUGGUGGUUUACCUCAAAACCUGCUGUGAUUCUUUCUGGGGGUGAAGCACGCUCUGGGACACGGCGCUGUCAGUUUGAUUGAAAACACACCGCUGUGAGGGAAAACAAAACAGGUUGGACUAGUUGCUGGAGUAGUUGGAACUGAGGGCAGGGCAGCGUGUAUUUGCAGGUAAAAGCUCACUCUCUUGCCUUCUUCUUUUCUCUUGCUGAGCCAUAACUAGGAGCAGUGGAGGAACCAAGCGCUCUCUGGUAUUUCUCUCCAGCUUGAGAGAGGCUCCGUGUGUGUAUGUGUGGGGCUUUUUUUCUUGCCCCCUCUCACUACCGUGUGGUGCAUCAGAGGAGGGGAGGGUAGAGUGAGUCUUUUUUUCCCCCUCCAGUGAGUGAGUAUGAGCAUCCGAGUGUAAUUUAUUGUUUCCUGUGAAAAAAGAGGGCAGACGGCACUUUUUUUUGCCCCCUCUUUCUCCUCCUUCUCCCUUUUUCCUGAACUCUGAAACAGACCUCUGAAGUCGAGCGAGGGGGUUACUACCACGCUGAAUGGACUGCAGGGGAGAAAAGGCGAAAGGGACGGAGAAAAAAGGGGGAACAGAAGGAGGAGUGCGACAGCAAAAAAAGGAGAGCCGUGGUGCAGCGGAACCGUGCUCUCCAGGGGAGCCGCGCAUCCAGGUCACCAGGUGGUGACGGGUAAAAAAAACAGGGAGAGAGAAAGAGAGAGAGAGAGAAAGAGAGGGAGGGAGAGAGGGAGGGCAAAGAGAGGUCGACUGGAGUUUAAUGCUGUCUUUCCUCACGUCACUGCACCUCAUCUUGGACUCACCAAACAACCACUGAGCCCUUUUUCUCGCUCUGACUCAGACUGUCGCUGAACCAAAGGAUUUGCUAACACCAAUUUUUUUUGUCGCGGCUGCACUUUCUGAGAUUUCUUUCUUUAUAUCUCAGGCCACACACACGCGCACACAUACACACACAUCUGGUGGUGUUGCUGACAAUCGAACAGCGAUGGCCAUGGUGAGUGGGGGAUGGGGGACACCCAACGGGGACACCAACGGACUGGGGGACAAGUACCUGCGGGGGGAAGAGGAGGACACCUCGCCCCAGGCUGUGGGCAGCGACGCGGAUGUGGGGGAGGACGACAAAUCUUGCGUGGUGGACUGUGUGGUGUGCGGGGACAAGUCCAGUGGGAAGCACUACGGUGUGUUCACCUGCGAGGGCUGCAAGAGCUUCUUUAAGAGGAGCAUCCGACGGAACCUCAACUACACCUGCAGAUCAAACCGAGAUUGCCAAAUAGACCAGCACCACCGGAACCAGUGCCAGUACUGCCGCCUGAAGAAGUGCUUCCGGGUUGGCAUGCGCAAAGAAGGUAGCAUCCGCACUUCUAACCAAGCUGUCCAACGUGGUCGCAUCCCUCCGUCCCAUGCCGGCAUCAGCCCCAACUCUCUUGUCGGCGGUCCAGGGGUGGGCGGCGGUGCCGGCGGUCCCGGCCUGGUCGGCGGCGAGUUCUUCAACGGCCAGCAGGUGUCCGAGCUCAUCUCGCAGCUGCUCCGCGCCGAGCCGUACCCGGCGAGCACGCGCUACGGCCCGCAGUACGGCCAGCAGCAGCAGCCCGGCGGCUCGGUCAUGGGCAUCGACAACAUCUGCGAGCUGGCCGCCCGGCUCCUCUUCAGCACCAUCGAGUGGACCCGCAACAUCCCCUACUUUCCCGAGCUGCCCGUGUCCGAGCAGGUGGCGCUGCUGCGGCUCAGCUGGAGCGAGCUGUUCAUCCUGAACGCGGCCCAGUCGGCGCUGCCGCUCCACAUGGCCCCGCUGCUGGCGGCCGCCGGCUUCCACUCCUCGCCCAUGUCCGCUGACCGCGUCGUCUCCUUCAUGGACCAGGUGCGCGUCUUCCAGGACCAGGUGGACAAGCUGACGCGGCUGCAGGUGGACUCGGCCGAGUACAGCUGCCUAAAGGCCAUCGCACUCUUCUCUCCAGAUGCCUGUGGCCUGUCUGACCCGGUCCACGUGGAGAGUCUGCAGGAGAAGGCCCAGGUGGCGCUGACCGAGUACGAGCGCAUGCAGUACCCGAGCCAGCCGCAGCGCUUCGGCCGCCUGCUGCUGCGCCUGCCCGCGCUCCGCGCCGUGCCCGCCUCGCUCAUCUCCCAGCUCUUCUUCAUGCGCCUGGUGGGGAAGACGCCCAUCGAGACGCUCAUCCGCGACAUGCAGCUGUCGGGCAGCUCCAUCAGCUGGCCCUACGCGCCGGGCCAGUAGGGCGUCGGUCGAUCAGCCCGCCCCGGCUGGCACACCUGUGUCCUGGCCCAUCCAAAGCGCCCCAGUGUGGUGACCCCAGAGCUCAGGCCUCUGGCACAUUUGGCAAAGUAGGCUACAUGCUGAUCUAGGGUCAUGUUUUGUUUAUUUGUUUGUCAGUUGUUUUUUUUGUCAGUUGGUUUGCUGGUCCAUGUGUGCAGCGAAAAGUAAGACUGACCUCAGAUCAGCAUUAUGAGUCCUUUGCGUAUAUACUGGGCCCAGGUCCACUGGGCACAUCCCAUGCUACCUCAACCAAAACUGGACUUCUUUCAGUUCCCACAGCCAAAGGGAGCAGCUUUUUGUUUUUUGACUGUAUGUUUUUGAUUAUCCGGAGAUUUCACAUGGCAUCUGUGCAGAUAAUGUAGACUGCACCGGGUAUUACAGUCCCACAGUGCCAUUGUAAGGUGUCAGUAACUCUCAGUGUAUAGGCAACUUUAACAGUGUAAAAGCGUUCUAUGUACAAGUCAUCCUGUUGUUCAUUACCUCAAAGUAUGAUUAAUUAUAUUACAGAUUCUAUGAAUGGAAAGUUGACAGGUACAAAUGUUGUCUAAAACCCUUAUAGUUGGAAGGAGAGAAACCUCCAUAUAUGAGGGAUGACCAAAAGGGAUUCAACUUUUUGCCAGACCUGCAGCAUCUUGAUUGUGAGAUUAAACUUUAAAGUAGUUUUAUUGGACUCUCUGUGGAUUUUAGGGAUGUUAGCCACUAAAAUCACACGGGGGAGAGAAGUCAGAUGCAUACUUUGUAAGAUAUUGCCAUGGACUGCAACAUUGUCAAAGUCGUUGACAUAACCAAUUGUCUUACUUGAAAAAUGGCACCGGCAUGUAAAUGAUGAAAAGAUGGUGAAAUGAAUGCAAAUCUUACACAAUCUCAGUAUUUUAACUGUGUCGUUAAUGUAAUUUUUUAUCAACAAAGUUCAGCCUGAAUGUUGCAGAAUUUCCUAUUGCCAACCAUGGAAAAUAUCAGAUAUUUUUGCAUACUACUACCAAUAAAAAUAUGAACCCAA